AUGCGUCUAAUCUGUCUUUUUCUGGCCAUUGCAUUGUGUCUGUUACACGUGGUAUUGGCUGUCGAGGACUACUACAAGACUCUUGGCUUGGACAAGUCGGCGUCCGAGAGGGAUAUCAAGAGGGCGUAUCGGACGUUGAGCAAAAAGUACCAUCCUGAUAAGAACCCUGGCGAUGAAACCGCGCGAGAGAAAUUCGUCGAGAUAGCCGAAGCAUAUGAUGUCCUAUCUACACCUACUACACGUAAGAUCUAUGAUCAGUAUGGACACGAGGGAGUGAAUCAGCAUCGCCAGGGUGGAUCGGCCGGACGACAGGCACACGACCCCUUCGACUUGUUUUCUCGCUUCUUCGGCGGCGGAGGGCAUUUCGGCCAUGCCCCGGGACAUCGGAAGGGGCCAGAUAUGGAAUUCCGGAUUGGUAUUCCACUGCGUGAUUUCUACAAUGGCAGGGAGGCAGAGAUCGUAUUGGAGAAGCAGCAGAUCUGUGACGCUUGUGAAGGGACGGGUUCAGCGGAUCGCGAGGUUGUCACCUGUGAUAAGUGUUCGGGCCGCGGAGUGUUCAUACAGAAACACAUGCUGGCUCCGGGGAUGUUCCAGCAGGUGCAGAUGCAAUGUGACAAAUGCGGUGGAAAGGGGAAGACGAUCAAGAAGCCGUGUCCGGUCUGUCACGGACACCGCGUCGUCCGAAGAGAUGUGGAGACGGUGUUCACCGUCGAACCGGGAAUGGACAAGGGACACCGGAUUGUGUUUGAGAACGAAGCCGACGAGAGUCCUGACUGGGUUGCCGGUGAUCUGGUCCUGAUCCUGGAGGAGAAGGAACCGGAGCUGAGCACGACGGACAAACACCGAAACGACGGCACGUUUUUCCGUCGGAAGGGCAGGGAUCUAUUCUGGAAAGAGGCCCUCUCGUUGCGGGAAGCGUGGAUGGGCGAGUGGACGCGCAAUGUCACCCAUCUGGACGGACAUGUGGUGCAGUUGGGACGCAAGCGCGGCGAGGUCGUGCAGCCGUUAUCCGUGGAGACGGUCAAGGGCGAAGGCAUGCCGUUCUAUUCAGAAGGACAUCUCCACGAAAACCACGACCAAGAUAGAGAACCAGGCAAUCUGUACGUUGAGUAUACGGUUAUUCUCCCGGAUCAGAUGGAAAGUGGCAUGGAGAAAGAGUUCUUCGCGUUGUGGGAGAAAUGGCGCAAGAAGAAGGGGGUGGGAUUAGACAAGGAAAAUGGUCGGCCGAUGCCUCCACCUCCACCGAAGGAUGAGUUAUAA